ACUUAUAAAAGGCGAGGUGUUAGCAACUCCAAUAAAUUAUAAUUAAUAAGAUUUAAACUGAUGGGUGGAAGAUAUAUUGGGAUUGAGAUGAAAGUUUCCCUAACAGUAUGCAUGAUCUUGUGUCUUACUUCCAUUGUGCAUGCCGAUCAGGGGAAGGCUGUUUUCUUUGAACCUCCUUAUACUCCCUCAGCAUGCUAUGGUACACAAAGCUAUGGAAAUAUGGUGGCGGGAGUUAGUGAUGCGUUGUGGAACAAUGGAAGAGCAUGUGGAAAGAGUUACAGAGUUAAAUGCUUAGGAGGAGCCAAUGAAGCACCGCAUCCUUGCAAGAAUGGUAACACUGCGGUGGUUAAAGUUGUUGACUACUGUAAAGCUGGAUGCCAAGGGAUUAUUAACCUUUCUAAAUAUGCUUUCUCUACCAUUGCUGAUCCUGACGCCGGUAUAAUCCAAGUUGAAUUUAAUGAGGUUUGAGUUUGAUGCUUCUACUCGAAAGGCUUUUUAAGGGCAAGUGAUGUUAAUCGAAUAGUUUUGAAAUAGGAUAUCCUCUUGUAAGGUUUCCUUUUAUUUGUUCAUGUUUCUUUUUCUCCAAUAAAACUUUGUACCCGGUGAUGUACAGGAAGUUUAUAUUAUAUUAUACUAGUAUUUGUCACCCGCUUAUACUA